UCCGGGACCGGCUCACCUGGGCCGGGAUGGGGGGCUCAGGUGGCUCAGGUGGGCACCCCAGGGGGGACCCCCUCACCUGGAGGGGGGCGGCGCUGAGGACCCUCCUGGCCGUGACGUACCUGUGUGGUGUGUCCCCGUCCCCCCCGGGGGUCUCCGUGCGCCUCCAGGGGGGUCCCGACGGCUGCUCGGGGCGGGUCGAGGUGCUGCACAACCUCACCUGGGGCACCGUGUGCGACGACGGCUGGGGCGUGGCCGAGGGCGAGGUCACCUGCGCCCAGGUGGGCUGCGGGCGGCUGCGGGCGCUCGCCCCCGGCGCCAGGUACGGCGAGGGGGAGGGGCCCAUCUGGCUGGACGAGGUGAAGUGCGCGGGGCACGAGGGGCACCUGGGGCAGUGCCGGGCGCGGCCCUGGGGGCUCCACAACUGCGGCCACGGCGAGGACGUGGGUGUUGAGUGCACAG